AUGAUUCACUUCAAACUUGAUGACAACCUUAUGGGACUCAACGUCGCCCUGAUUAACGCCGGCUCUGUUUUUGGUGGUCUCUUCGCUGGCCAGGUUUGCGAUCAAUGGGGUCGCAAAGCGGGCAUUGCCUUAUCGGCAGCCAUCACCGUAGUUGCCGUCAUUAUUCAAGCCGCAGCUGUCCAUGAGGCCAUGUUUUGCAUCGGACGUUUCUUAUUAGGGGCAUCAAUCACCGUCAACGGUGCCGCAGCACCGACCUGGGUCAUGGAGAUGGCGCACCCUCGAUAUCGUGGUAUUCUUGGUGGUAUGUACAUGGCAAUAUGGUAUUUUAUUGCAACCAUUGUCUCCGGCAUUUCAAUCGGCACCUAUUUCUACGACACAACAUGGACAUGGCGUGGACUAGCCAUUGGCCAAGUGGUUCCAAGUCUGCUAGCAUUGGCCAUGCUCCCCCUUACGCCUGAAUCUCCCCGGUGGUUGAUCAGCCAAGAUCGACAUGAGGAGGCUCUCAUGUUGCUGGCAACUCUUCACGGGAGGGGAGACCGUGAAAAUCCUCUCGUUCAGGCCGAAUAUCAUGAAAUCAGCUCUGUGCUAUCAUAUGAGAAGUCUCUGCCGGCACAGUCAUUCAAAACCCUCAUCAGCCCGGCACCGAAUCUGAAGCGGUUCAUGAUCGUGAUCGUGCUGAAUAUUGCCGCGCAAGUCAUUGGUUCCAACAUUGUGUCUUCAUUCAUCGGUGUCGUACUUGAGUCAGCUGGCAUCACAGACACACACCAACAACUCGUCACUAAUUUGGGCAUCAACAUCUUCAACUUCUUCUGCGCCAUCGCUGGCUCCUUCGCCAUGGAGCGGCUGGGCCGCAAGGGAAUGCUCUUCUAUACGACUUGCCUGAUGACUUUCUUCUUAGUGCUGAUGGCCAUUCUCUCUGCGCUCUAUAGUGACGGCAGCAAUAAGAGUGCGAGCAACGCCAUGGUCGCCAUCAUCUUCCUAUUUCUCGGCUCUUACAGCUUUGCCUGGACCCCGCUCACUUUCGUCUAUCCCGUCGAGAUUUUCAACUACACUCAACGUGCCAAGGGCCUUGCUGUUGGGCAGAUGGCAUGCUAUGCGUUCGGAUUUGUCAAUCAGUACACUACACCCAUCGCGAUUGAUAAUAUUGGGUGGAGGUACUAUGCCAUCAACGCCGCCUGGGAUGUGGUCAUCUGUGCCAUAAUUUGGUUCUUUUUCGUCGAAACUAAGAGCCUUGCCCUAGAAGAGGUGGACAAGUUGUUCGAUGGCAAGAUCCAUGCCGAUGGUGUCUUUGUUGGCAGGGGAGACGACAUCAGGCUCAAGGCGGAUACAGAGGCAUAA